AUGCUAGAGCAAAUGUUUCAUGUAAUAAAAGCAUCAGCUGUAUCUCGUUUGGCAAAUAACAUAAGAAACGUGAUUGGUAGUCACAGUGCCGUAUUUAGUCUAAAAACACGACUACCUAGAGUUCUUCCCAAAAAAUCAAAUGUUUGUAAAACCAGUUGUGUUGCGCCUUGUGUACCUGGAGUUCCUGGUGUACCUGGAGUUCCAGGUCAUAAUGGUAUGCCAGCAGCCAAAGGAGACAGUGGAAGUGAUGGAAAGCCGGGAAAGAUAGGUCCAUCAGGGCCAAAAGGGGACAAAGGAAUCCAAGGUGGUAUGGGAAGGACUGGUGUUAAGGGUGAAAAGGGGGAAGCUGGUGUACAAGGCCAUGUGGGAGUUAAUAAUGAAUCCAACUGGAAGCAAUGCUCUUGGAAGAAGGACGAUAAUCGAGAUAAUGGACUUAUAAAGAUAUGCAGUUUUAAGAAAAAACGUGACAAUACUUAUCUUCGUGUGUUCUACGCCGGCAGCCUCCGUAUUUACAACUGCAACGCGUGUUGCAAGCGAUGGUAUUUUAAAUUCAACGGAAAAGAAUGUAAUCCUACAAUUGAAGGUGUUUAUUUCAUAUGGAAAGGUAGAGGUACACAGAAUAUCCAUCGUCAUCGUCAUAUAGAGGGAUAUUGUGGUAACAUCGAUAAGGGUACUGUUAAUGUUGGUUUCUAUGUUGGUAAUUGUCAAAGAUAUUCCAAUGCAGACGCCUACAGUGGAUGGAAUUCAGAGUCUCGAAUUGUGAUUCAAGAAGUUCCAGCACCACAGGCUUAAUUCAAACCAAGCUGAAUCUGAAUUGUUGUUGAAUAUGCUAUACUUAUCAUAAUUGUUGCUAAGAUUUUUAUAAACAUACAGCUCUUUUCAGUGUGGUCUUUUUGUUGUCUAUGUCACUAUUUUUAUUCUUUAUUCUCAAAUAGAUUUUGAAUAAAUAGUACAAAUACAGAAUUUGUAUAACUUUUUUGGUUUUUUAGUUAUCUUUCGGCAAAGAUGCGAAUUAAACCUGAAUUUCAACAUUUUGUAAAAAAUGUCGAGAGCUCUAAUCCGUGGCAUGGGACUUACUUGUGACGUCAUUUAAGGACACAGACUGACUACCAAAACAACUUACACUGUUUAUACAUGUAAACAAACACAAAAAUGCUAGAUCGAUGUGUAGUUUUUGGUUGUUCUAACGUAGCCAAUUCGGAGAAAGGCAUUUUUUAACGAAGAAAGAAGCGAAGCUAAGCGUAGGAGAAAGCGAUGGGUCAACUUUGUGAAAGCUACUCGCGAUAAGUGGGUCCUCACGAAGAAUUCCUCAGUUUGCUCGGAACUCUUCACAAAAGGUUUGUUUCUCGGCAAUUCGGCUCGCUUUCUGAAUCAGAAAGUAAUUUUGCACCUCGACUCGUUCGAGACGAAUUCGGAAUCGUUGCUUACCCGAGCAUUUAUCCUCGAAAAGAUGACAAUGAACUUACAACAAGAGAUCGCAGAAUGAUGAAAAGAAAAUGGAUGUCUGAUUAUAAAAGAGAGGUUGAAUCAGAAAAUAUUCCCAGUACAAGUAGCGAACCCUCAAGAGCAAAUAAAAGAAACAACUUGUGAUUGAGCCUGUAUUAGAGAAGGUCAAGAGAAGAUUUGCCAACGUAAUAAGAUCAGCCAUGUUUAAUAACCUCAAUUUCUACAACACUACCAAAUGAGUAUGACAACAACAGCAGCAAUGAAGAAUCAUCAAAUAGUAGCAAAGUGGUUGAUCUUGAUAGUUGUCCUGCUGAGGAGGUUUUGGACCCAAAUAAUCUUAGUGGUGACUCAGACUCAGAGAGUGAUCUUGGUGCUGAACAAAGUUAUGAGACAGAGACAGAAGAGAUAAUCACAUCUAGUGAGAAGGAUGUCGACUCGGAAUCAGAGCAGCCAAGAACAUUUAAAAGGAAAAACUAUAUCCUGCAUUGGUAAUCUUCUGGAAAAAAUACCAAGACUGUUUGAUAGAGAAAGUGAUGGCAUGUAAACAGCCUAUUGCAAUUGCUGGGGAUGGAAGACACGAUUCCAUGGGACAUUGUACUAAAUAUUGUGCAUAUACAACAGUCUGUAGCACAGUACAUCAAAUCAUUAGUUUUUCACUUGUGCAGAGAAAUGAAGUUGGAAAUAGCACUGGUAUGGAGUUUGGGGGAUUUAAAAGAUCAAUGGAUUUUCUUAAACCUUGCAAUAUUCCAAUCUCCAUGUUAAUCACUGACAGGCACACACAAAUUGCCAAACAUAUGAGAGAGUAUUACCCACUACUUUGACCUUUGGCAUUUGACAAAAAAAGUGACCAAAGUCCUGACCAAACUUGCAGCAUGUGCUGGAUGUGAGUCUUUAUCAAGCUGUAUAAGACCUUAUUCCAACCAUUUGUACUGGAGUGCUAUAUCAACAUCCUCUGGUAAUGGAAAUAUGAUUGUGGCUAAGUAUCUUUCCUUGGUCAUGUCAAAAACCAACACAAUGGAUUUUCAGACCCUUUAUUUGACAAAUGUGCUCAGGAUUCCAACAUAAAACCAUGCAAAUGGCUAUAUGAAGAUUCUCUAUCAUACAAUAAGAUGUGUACAGCUUUAACUGGAGUUUCCCAGGUUAAAGUGCAUUAUCCAAAAUUUAAAAAUGGUGAAGCUGUUGUAAGAAAUGUAAAAGUUGCUCAGGAUUUUGGGUAUGUUGAAGAUAUAUAUUAAGUGUUGUGCUCUGCACUCAUUAAUGAGGAAACAUUGAAAAAAGCCAAAGGUGAUCUAUUACGAAUGACUCCAUUGCCAAUGAAUUCCAUGUUGGACAAGCAAUCAAAAAGUGAAGCUAUCUCAAAAAAAGCAAGAAGACAAAGCCCGCCAGCUGUACAUGUUCCCCCAACUAAGCCAGCUGAAGUAUCACCUGCCCAAGAAAAAAUCACUGAUCAGAGAAAUGAGAGGGCAGCACCUCGAUGCACUGUGUGCAAGAUUUGGAUGAAAGGCCAUAAAAAUAUAAUUAACUGUCCAAAAAACCAAAAGUAACCACUUUUUUAAGAGCUGGUGGUAUGAGCCCAGUUAGUUGGGAUUCAGUGAAGUGUAAAAUGACUGCAUGGAAAGAAUAAAAAGAAAAGGAAUUGUAAUUUUUAUGUUUUGUAUAACAAGAAUAAGUGUGAAUCAAAGAUGCAAUACAUCAACAGUGGCUAAAAUCAUUCCAAAAUUCACUGAAUCCCUACUAGCUGGGCUCAUGCACACAACACCUAAAAUGAUAUAUAAUGUUAUGUUAUUUUACAAAUUGUCCUCUUCAUACCCUGCAAAGUGUUCAUUUUUAUUUUAAAUAAAAAGUUGUUCGAAUAA